CCAGCUGCCAACACCACGGCAGACUGAGUGAGAGCCGGAGAGAGAGGGGACCUGUUGAUCACAUCACAGCAAUGACUUACAGCACUCACAGAGCGUGUCAUACACCGGAUUCUAUGGAUGCGUGGAGUUGAUGACGCUUAUUUAUCUACUGAAGUUUUGGAUUUCUUUUGCGGGGUCUCUAAAUGCUGUCACUGGGCAAAAUGCACUCCAGAGCAAAGUCCCGGAGUUGUGACAACUACCUGAGUAUUAAGGACGCUGAGUCUUUGGACAGCUGUAUACAGAACACCUUGUCGGCCCUGUACCGGCCUUUCACUGCCACGGCUGCCACUGUCCUUUGGCAGCUCUUCAGCGUGGUGGAGAGGCAGUACCGCGGGGACGGCCUCCGCUGCCUCAUCGACUUCUUGCUUCCUGCCAAGAGGAUUCUGCAGAUCAUCCAGCAAGAAACCUGCGUGAGGUUCAGAGGCUUGUUGUUCCAUCAUGAGGGGUGGCCCCUCUGCAUCCAUGAGAAAGUUGUCCUGCAGCUUGCCCCUCUGCACAAAGUCCGACUGAAGCAAGGAGACUUCUACCUACAGAUCGUUCCUUUGGGCCGCAAGACUGCCAAGCUAGUGAUAAAAUGUUUGUCAGCCAGUGGGCAGGCCAUUGCAGAAGUUCCCAUCGCAGAGAGCAUGUACGGCAGCGUCUUCACAGCUGAGUUCCUGCAGAAUGUAACACGCGACCGAAACCUGCACCCACUACAGAACUGUCUGCUCACCACCGGUACCUCUGUGUACAGGACGCCGUGGAAGAACGUGGUCAACCCUCUGUUCGUCAGCAGCACGUCGGACGCCAUCAUGCAAGCACGCUGCAGCAGAGGUGGCUUCCGCGGCCAACUCAGCACCUGCAGCACGAGCGGAUCCACGGGAACUCUGGACAGCCACCGCAGCUCCAGAGAGUCGCUGCACUCUCAGGGAGCUGACUCCAUCUUCUCUGAGCCCACCUCGCCAAGCCGAAACCACACGGACCCCAGCGGAGAGAGCCACAGCGUAGGUGCAUCGGACACUGCUACGCCCAUCAUUAAGAUUGAAGGACCAACUAAAGAGUGUGGGAUGGGACCGGGGAGUGGGGACACGGGUGGGAGAGAAAGAGGGCCAGGGUCCAAGAUGCUCUCUUUUAGUACGGACCUCAGUAACCCGAGCCCUCGACGUCGCCUCCCGAGGGACUCUGUAGCCUUUGAGAACAGGAGACUCUUCAGAAAAUCAUACAUGGAGGCCUUGCAGAACCCCAUGAGCCUCGGUUCAAGCUCUGAGUCCAUCUUGGAGGAAAGCCCCGAGCACAGUCCUGGCCUCAGAGAAAGAACGGUGACAGCAGGCAGCAGUCCCGACACCCGGACCUCCUCCAGGGAACUGUUAUCGCGAAGGUUGGGCGGCCGAGGCUGGCUCAGUAUUGACGACUCCCGGCCCAGCACACCUUUGUUUUACUUACAGAGGGGGUUACGGAGUGCCGAAAGACGGGCAGAGCGGCGUUCAAAGUCACUGGAGAGGACUAACAAGGCGGGCCAGGUUAAAGGCCACCGGGAACGCUCUUCCUCCGGAGGCUCUGUGAACAUAUCACCCAAAAAGCUGAUAAAUGGCUAUGCUCUUCGUUUUGGGAAGCUUGAUGUGGAGGCAGCUUUACCUGGUUCUGAGAGGAGAAGCAGCAAAGAGGAGUCAGGACCAUGUGAUGAUGGGAUCAGCAGUGAGAGCAGGCAGCACAGGCACAGUGGAGAAGAGUCACGCGGUCCUAAAGCUGCCAAUGGGACCGCCAUCAGCCUGGCGUCAAAUUCAAGCUCUCAGUGUGACAGCAGCUCAGCUCUCCCCAAACUGGUGUCAGGGGUGAACCAGGAGCUGCUCGUAUCGGGUGCCGUGAUCUUGCCAGGAAACAGAGAUCGCAGUGGGAGGGCAGUGCUGCAGGUGUGCACGAGAGCUCAGGUGUGGGCAGGUGAGAGUUGCACGGUCAGUGACCUCACCUGUUUACUGGGCUACUACUACUCUACACUGCGGAGAGAGCGACGGGAUCAAGGUCUAACUGUUGUCAUAGACGGCAGGAGGCAGCAGCCUGUCCCAGCUCUGUUGUCAUCUCUGUCUGAACUGCAGGCUUCAGUACCAAAUGCACUUUACUCGGUUCUCUUUCUGGUGGACAAGGAGGCAGCAGCUAAACCUGAACGAGACAUCAAUGUGCAGACUGAGACGCUGUCAUCUCUGAAGGCUCUGCUGAAACACAUCGACCAAACCCAGCUCACACGAGCCUUGGAGGGCACCUUCCCCUACGACCACAACCACUGGAUCCACUUCAGACAGAAAAUUGAACCAUUUGCCAGCAGUUGUAGCGCCGCCAUUGCCUCCCUUCAGGAGUCUAUCAGCACAUUGAGCAACAGCGGCAACAUGAAGACCUCAAAGGAGGUUUCUGAGGUGAUGGAAGUGCAGAGGCAUCUCAUGAAGUGUGUGCUAGAUGACACUCGUCUGAACAGACUGCGUCUCGAGGGAGGAACUGUCCUUGCCCGCAUCAGGAAGGAAGAGGCCUGCGAGAAUGAGACCUACAGGGAUGCUGUAGACAUGUUGAAUGCACUGUACAACCAAGUAGAUGAAGAGGUUCAUAAGCUUGUGAUCCUGUCCAACAAGUCUCAGAAACAGUUGGAGAGCCUGCUGGAGGUGCGCACAUUUGAGGAGCAAACACAACAGAUCAAACUCUGGUUCAGUGUAGAGGGAGAGAAGCAACUCGCACCUUUGGAAUCACAAACUCUGUCUGUGGCCAAAAUCAAGGAGAUUAGAGAGAGCUUGGACCUGUUUCUAGAGGAGUCUGUGCACCAACAGAGACAUGGCCUGCAGCUUGUGAAAGAGUCUCCAGAGUUUCUUCCAGGGUCCGUUCUCCUCGACUUUAAGCAGCAUCUGGGCUCCAUCCUGAGCAGAGUCGAGCGGAGGAAGACCCAGCUCGACAUCCUAACCAACCUGCAUGAGUUUUAUGACUCAGCAAACCAGUGGAUGGACCACUGUCAGGAUUAUUUCCAUCACCUCAGCCUGGACAGUACGGGAGUCAGUCUCUCGCCGUCUGUGGUGCAGAUCCUGCAGGAUUACUGCACCGAGGCCUCCAAGUUCUCCAUGGACAACUUCAGCACCCUUAAUGACAUGGUGCUCUCGCUGGAGAGUCCUCAGCAGCUGCAGCAGUGGAGCACAGUGUGGCACCAGUGUCAGCAGACCAAGCAGCAGCUGGAGGAGACUUUGUCCCGAGCCGUGGCCGCAGCACAGGACUCUACAGCUGUAGACACAGCGGCUCCUUUAAAGACUGAAGAGAGUCAGAUUGACACAACAGAACAGCAUGAACAUAACGGUUGUGUGCUUUUACCUGGGCUGAAUACACCGCUGACUUUUGAGGACAACAAGCCUCACUCUGCUGGGCCUUUCUCCAAAAGCCCAUCCAGUUCAAUCUCCUCCUCCUCGCACUUCACUUUCUCGCCCGACUGCGACAGCAAACUGAGGCAGAGUCCGUCCAUGUUUGACGACACGGACAGCGACUGCACCAUCGACUCGACCAUCUCCUGCCACUCAGAGCCCGUGUACACGGGGGCUGCCCGCCUCCGCAAGCAGCCGAUGAAGAAGAUCAUGAAGAAGACCAUGAGCUACGAGCUGACACCGAGAGACAGUGGUCACUCAGACGUCAGCCACAUUCAUGGCUACACGGGCGUGUACAUCAAGGGUUUGGAGGUGGCAAAUAAUGUGUCCGCAGAGAAGAAGCUGCAGAGACCCGAUGUGACGAGCCCAGCGUUAGGACGGAGCCGCAGCAUGUCCACGCCGUCCAGGGCUCAUGACAGAGGUAGUGAUGGCGACGGCAAGAAACAGAGCAGUAAAGUGCAGCACAUCAUGGAUGAGAUGAUCUCAACGGAGAGGGAGUACGUGCGGUCACUCAGCUACAUCAUCGAGCACUAUUUCCCGGAGAUGGAGCGCCUGGAUUGGCCCCAGGACCUGCGGGGGAAGCGCAGCAUCAUUUUUGGGAACGUGGAGAAACUGUGGGACUUCCACAGCCAAUACUUCCUGAAGGAGCUGGAGUCAUGCGCCCACUCGCCGCUGUCCAUCAGCAGCUGUUUUCUCAGACACGAGGAUCAGUUUGGAAUGUAUGCUCUGUACAGCAAGAAUAAGCCGCAGUCUGACGAUCUGCUCAGCAGCCAUGGGAACGAAUUCUUUAAGAACAAACAGUUGGAGCUGGGGGACAAGAUGGACCUGGCAUCCUACUUGUUGAAGCCCAUUCAGAGGAUGAGUAAAUAUGCCCUGUUACUGAAAGACCUGAUUAAGGAGUGCAGCCAGGCCCAGGAGCAGGAACUGAGUGACCUGCGCACCGCAGAGGAGUUGGUCAAGUUUCAGCUUCGCCACGGCAACGACCUGCUGGCCAUGGAUGCCAUUCGGGGCUGUGAUGUGAACCUAAAAGAACAGGGUCAACUCCGCUGCCAGGAUGAGUUCAUAGUCUGGUGUGGACGGAGGAAAUACCUCCGCCAUGUCUUCUUGUUUGAAGACCUCAUCCUUUUCAGCAAGACCAAGAAGAUAGAAGGAGGAUAUGACAUUUACAUCUACAAACAGUCCUUCAAAACAGCAGAGAUAGGUAUGACUGAAAAUGUUGGUGACAGCGGCCUGCGUUUUGAGAUCUGGUUCCGUCGGAGGAAGUCACAGGACACGUUUAUACUUCAGGCCAGCUCUGCAGAGGUCAAGGCUGUGUGGACGGCCAUUAUUGGCAAGAUCCUGUGGAGGCAGGCGCUCAGAAACAGAGAGGUGCGUAUGCAGGAGAUGGUUUCUAUGGGGAUUGGAAGCAAACCUUUCAUGGACAUCAAGCCAAGUGAUGCAGCUAUCAGUGACCGAUUCAUCGACUAUAUAAUGAAGGGGUCAGAGUCUAGGACGAGAGCCUCCAUCGCCGUGCCCUCAUUUGAAUACUCCACUUCGUUCAAGAGGCCUCACUCCACCAUCUCUAACAGCAGCACCUCCUCCUCCAGCAGCCAGUCGUCCUCCUCCCUGCUGGGCUCGCUCAAUCUCCACCUGUGCUCCUCACCCUCUCACCCACACACACAUCCGUACCCACUGACCGGUGUUCCCUCCUUUGCCCAGUGGCCCUACGACUGCAUAGAGGAGGACGAGCUGGAGCAGGACACUGGGAGCCAGCCCUCCAUGAAUAUUGAGAGCUCAGAGACGUCCUCCCCCUGCGCCUCCAGUGAAAGUGUUACAGGGCUCAGUGCCCUCACCGUACCCGGCCACCCCCGCAUUGUCAUGGACUCCUACAACAACAACAACAACAACCACGUGCCCUCCUCCUCUUUCCUCUGCACCGCCACACCUCCCUCCUCCAUGGCAUCACCUUCGAUAUUCGAGAAAGAUGAAGACCUCCAACCCCAGGGCACCAAGUUCAUCACAGCAAGCAAGACCUCUCAUGUAGCAGUAGGCCUCUCUACUGUGGUCUGACUCAGAGUUUUUAGCUCACUGUGAAGUCUUCAGACUGAACGCUACCUGAUGCCACAGCAGGUCGUAAAUCCCAAGUCCAGCUUCGGAGCACUAAGACUUUCAAUGGAUGAAGCUCAACUAUUGUACGACAUUUCAUGAGGAUACUGUAAAUUGGAAAUUGACGCAUUAUAUACACUGUCAUGAUGGUACGUCAGUGGUCUGUACAUUUGUGUUGAAUGAUCUAGAUAUGAAUCAGUGUUUAUAUUGUAGAUGAGUUUUUUAUUAUGUAUUUUACAAAACAAGAAAGUAGCAGGCAGGUCAACACUGAUGUUGUUUACUGUCGCGUUUCUUUUGUCGCCAGUCGUGUUAUUACAAGUUUGUACAGAUGAUUAAAAUAUGUCAACCAUAAAUGUUGUAUUCAUGUCUGUUAGGUUUAACAUAAAAUUAAGUAUUUCCACCAGUAGAUAUUGACUCCAUUAUUUGCAAACAAAAGGAAAACAAAUAAAACAAAAACAUUUUUACAGUUCAGUAAAAGUUUCUGUGUUAGAAAAAACAAGUAGCAGAUAUUUCCUCUGAUAACGAAGCAUGAGUAUAAAACCACACACACACACACAGAGAACCUUGCAGAAAAGCCAGAAUGAGCUGAACUAUGAGACCCACUACUACCGUUAAACAAAGAGGAACAGAGGUUGAGGAGGAAGAAGUGCGGGUUUUUUCUUUCACGUGAGAAGCUGACAUUUGCUCACCACAAGCCUUGUGUUCUCAGUCCCAGUCAAACAUCAGACACAGACCACAGCCCGGCCUGUUCAGCAGCGGUUUCAGCUCCAAUUUACAAUCAAGACUAACUAAAAGCAACACGUGAUGAACAAUAUAGUGAAUAAUAUAGUGCUAAUAUGGUGACUCUACUUAAUCACUAAUUUAUAGCUCUAUUGGUCCUCUAUAAACAAACAUAAUACCAACAGCUUGAUCAUGGUGCUUUGUCACGUUUCUCUUUAGAGAACCAGAAGCAGAGAAUUGCAGAGAGGAAAACCUCAAGCCCCAUCACACAAAGUGCCAGCACCUCUAUCUGUGAGAAACAUAAAGAUCAUCAAUACAUUGUUUUUUGCAUCAUAAAAACAAGCCCAUCUUUGAAGCAGGAGUUUCUUUCAUUUUCAUUCUUACCCUCCAAUACGGUUCAUCCACUGGAUUCCCGUAAGCCAGGUCAACGCCUAUCAGACAGGCUGCAGCUACGGUCACAAUGAUACAGCCACAGUUUACUGCAAACGACAGCUGGAACAAAAGUCAUAAAAUGACCUAUGAGCUGAUCAUCCUUUUCAACGGCUGUGAUGUAUCGUCAGUCAGGCUUCUACUGAGUCGUACUUACAGGUAGUAAUCGUGGGUAUUUGAACAGCAGGUUGGAAACUACUCCAGCAAUGAUGAACUGGAGAGAGGAGGGGGAUACAGCUCAAGAGACCGACUUAAAACCUCAGCACCAAAAUAAUUACCUCAUAGUUUUAUCUUCUUUACUCAAUGCAUGUGUUUUUUUAAUGACGUUGAGCAGAGACGUACAAGCACUCCGGUGAAGUGGGAAACUCUGAACAGAGUGAAAAGGGACUGGUCCAUCUGCUGGGUAACAGCACAUAAAAUACCCACUCCGACACUGAGGAAACCGCUCACCAUCUGCAGAGACUGACAGAGGAAUGACAGAGGAUACAUAUAUAUACACACACACACACACCACUUACAAACUAUGAAUGAAUGCACUAACCAAUCACAUGAAAUAUCACGGGAUGCAUUGUCACUGCAAUAAAAGCAUAUAUUCAUGAAGUUCAUAUUGUUUGAUAAGUAUUUGUAUAAGAAACUUUUUGAGUAGGUGUUUUGUUGACCAUGUUGUGCAGCAAUAGCAGUUUUUGCACUUCAAUCCCUGGUUGCUCUUAGUUACAUUCUGAAGCGUCUUGAGCAAGACGACAAACCCCAACUCCUCAUGAUGAGCAGCGUAUGCCAUCAGCGAGUGAAUGUUCGUGGGAGAUUGUGCUUUUUUUAUCUGCAUUUCAAGGUAAAAACGCAAUAAGUUUACUGCACAAAUGAGAUUUUUAUGCUAUAUCUUUGAGGUAAUAAAGCAGCUACGUGACCUGAGAUGAUUUGCCUUGUGUGAUGUCAGUAAGCCCUCAGGUCUAUAGGGUUUAUUUUUUAAUGGCUGUUACAUGCGAUUGCAUUUUACAAGUGUUUGCAUUUUGUAUCUUACCCCCAACACAGAAGGUUGCUUCUGUAGGAGGUCAUGCAAGGGCCCUUUGUCAUCUGGCAAGACCUCUGUCGCUUGAUAUCGCCGCACCAUGGUCGGCUCUCCACUGUCGGCUCUGUGCGGCUCCUCAUCAGUUCUUUGGAUAUCCAUGUCAACAUCGGCACAGGCCAUGAUGCUUCUCUGACCUGGAGGGAUCCAAAUGAUUCUAGAGUAAUAAAAUGAUUUAGAAAUCAAAGUAUUAUUUUUCACUGUCAGUCCUUCAGUACUAUUUUAGCAUCAUCAGGGAACAAACCCAAGUAAACUACAGAGUGACUACAAAAAAAGUAAACCCUUAUACGUUGAAACAUAAUAGCACAUAUCAAUCCUGUAAUAACCUGUUGAAAUAAAUGUGUAACAUGUAAUGUUUCUCGCCCCUUAGUGUCAAUAACAUGGACAAUAUACUAAGUAACUUAUUAUAUAUUAUAGUCUAACAUGUCACAGUACAGCAGAAAAAAUUAAAGAAAUUAAUCUUGUAUUUGUAAUUUUUCAUGGACAGAUCGUUCAAUUUUCAAUAUUUAUAAUUCUGCAGUCCGGUGAACAAUCAGAAUUUUAAAGUGUGGAAUUGUACAUCACUGGCUUUUUAUGAACAUUAAUAAUACAGUGUGUCAAUACGUUUUUCAUCAAACAAACUGGAAAAGUGUUAACCCAACAUAACAUAAUAAUUUAUCACAGUUUUGUCUUUUUAUCAAGUUUAACUUUCUCCUUUUUACAAAACAUGACAGAAUAUUAAUAGCCAAUCUCAACCGCCUGAUCCUCAUAUUCUUUGCAGAGCUUCUCAGAUGUUAUAUUUAAAAAACACAUUGAAACGUCCUAUAUAUAUAUAUAUACGUACUCACAUGUAUGCAGACUUCAUGAUGCCUACAAAUUCUUAUAGUGCAUUUUAAAUGUGUACAACAAAGCAUUUUGCAGUGCGAUGUAAUGAAGAUCUUAAAAUGAGAUUCUUACCAAGUUUGGCUUGAGUCGUAUCUAUUUCCCUCUUUGUAUGUGUCUUAAACAAAUGUCUUGUUCUUUAGGCAUUUUUCACUUCCCUGCAAAUACUUAGAAAUAUAUCUCACACCUCCACUUCCCCACCCCGUCAGUGGUCUCAGCACUGUGUUCAGCACUCAGAGGCUCAUUAACACAAGUUGCUCCUUAUUGUAUUUCUGAUACAAGAAACACGUUCUCUUUAAGUUUAUGACCAAAAGUAAAGUAAAAUAUUAGGUCUUUACGUUUUUGAAAGGUUCGCGCAAUCAGUCUGCACACAAGCCUUUUGUGUUCUUUGUGUUAUUUGUGUGUGUGUGUGUGUGUGUGUGUGUGUGUGUGUGUGUGUGUGUCUGUGUGUGUGUGUGUGUGUGUGUGCGUGUGUGCGGGUUGGUGGUGGUGGCAGAAAGAGAGAGACAAAAAAAGACCAAGACAACUGGCUUGCCUGGUCAUUUCCUCUUCAAACUUAUUUGUCAAAGCAGAGAAUUUCUGAUCCGAAUCCAGUUAAGAGAAAAGAUAAAAAGGAAAAAUGAGGAAGACAUUUGUGUGUGAUGAAUCGAUGGUCAUCACUAUUCCCUUAGGGAAUUUCAAAAACGAUGGAGCGGGUCAACUGAUGCCAGAGAAGUUCAACUGUGUGUUCAGGGAUUCUUUCAAGGUCUUCGUCGUCAGGGGAAAACCUAAACCUCUUGGAGCAGCCCAGGCCAUUGCUGGUGUGUUUCUUUGUACUCUUGGUCUGGUUUCAGCAGUGAAAUUAAUGAUCCCCACCGUAUCCAGUGUUCUGUUUGUGGUCUCUGGUUGGCUGUCCUAUGCUGCAGGAAAAGGUCCUUGCAUGUGUGUGGCAAAGCUGUCAUUCUCUCUGAACAUCAUAAGCUUCUUCUGGUCAAUUGCGGUAUUCUCUGUUACCGUGUUCCAAUUGCAAUAUUUGUCAAUAUUGGAUUCACAUCAUGAAACGCUGUUUAAAGGAGUCAUUGGAUUGAUGAUGAGUCUGCUGGUCUUUGAGAAUUCUGUUGCCGCGUUCUUGAUCUACUGGAUGAGUAAAGCUAUUUGCAGAGAAGACUUCAACACUUUGCCCAUCAUACUGCUGAAACAGAGAGACUGAAACAAAAGAACUGAUGGAGCUCAACAAACAGAACACAGAACCAACCAUAUUUAAACGUUUGACUUCCUGCUUGUAUAAAAACGGCUUGCAAGCCUUCAGUGUCAUACAGUAUAUCCGUCAAAAUACGCUGUGCAAGAAUGUGUUAUUUUUGUGUUUGUUUCAGAAAUAGUUUCAAAAAAUGUAAAGUUGCCUUUGAAUAUAAUGUGUCAUCUUUUACUUUUGCACCAAUGCCGGUGUGUUGCUUUCUGCAGAAAACUGUAUUGUCCCAACUUGACAUAUUUCUCAAUGUCCAAUAAUCAUAUUUGAAAGCUACAUUCAUAUUUGCUGUUGCUAUGCUGAUUGCUUUUUGUUGAGUCAUGAUUCUUUUAUUUCUUUAAACAUUACAAAGACAUAUAUAUUUGUCUUAUAAUCUCGGUGACACCCUAUGGAUUUCCUGUGCAGUAUUUAAUUAUCUACUGCAACUUGGUUUGACAUUUGAUCGUAUUAAAAGCCUGGCUCCUCAUUAUGACCGUUGUUUUUGUAUGACUCUACAUUUGGCUUCAGAUCUGUGGGUUAUACUGGACUGUUUUUAUGUUGUUUAAAAAAUAAAUUAAAGACUGAAUCAGAUAGA